AUGGAAAAGGUAAAAACAGGCAUACCACUUAUAGUUGGCUCAUAUGGACUAACAUUAAGUUUCUAUUUAAUGUACGAGAAUAGAACGAAAAAAAAAUGGGCAAAAAUAAAUGGAUGUAUUGAUAAUGUUACAUUAAAAUAUUCAAAACAUUUUCAAGGUGGAUCAUUUCACUUAAAUAUAAAAUAUUUCUUUUUUAUAAAUAAUGAAAGGAUUGAAAAUGAUAAAGAAUAUAAAAUAUACAUGAAUUUAUUUAAAACACCCAAAGAUCAAAAUAUCGAAACAAAUAUUUAUACAAAAAACAUUUUUGACCAAGUAUCGAGAGAAAAAGAUAUUUAUAUUUUGUAUAAUCCACAAAAUUAUAAUCAAUCAGAGCCCUUAAUAUAUAUUUAUAAUAAUGAAAUUUUAGAAGAAUAUAAGUUAAUUAAUAAAUUAAAAAAGAAAAUUCAUAAAAUACAAAAUAUUUUAUAUAGUUAUAUCGAUAUUAGAAAAAUUACCGCAAACUUAUCCCUUUUUAAUAAAAUUGAAACAAAUAAGAAUAAAUGUGUAGAAGAUGUUCAUACAGAGAAAGGGUCGAUGGGCAAUCAUAGUGAUACUGGAAAUAAUAAUAAUAAUAAACUUUUAAAGGAUAAUAAAAAGUUAAUAAACGCAUAUGACAUAAAUAGUUUAUUUCCUAUUUAUAUGUUCUCAUGCAGUAUGUUUUUAUGCUUGUCUUUUUUUUUGAAGAAAAGAAUUCAUACAGUGAGAAAUGAAUUGUUACAAAAAAAAAAAUUUAAAUAA